GUUGAGGACUGGAGGCAUCUCUAUGGAAUGAGCCCUAUCAAGCCGGGUAGCGUCCGUGCUCUAGAUAAAGUGCCACCAACACUUCAGCCCCUGGCAGAUGGUCCCCACCGCUGGCUGUUUGAACGAAAACGCCAGGUUGGGUAUGACGGAAGAGCUGGGCUAAGCAUUAAUAGCGUGGUCGAAGUGAUACAAUCACACGACAUACACGAAAUGCAACCUCUCGAGGUCCCGGAGGAUUGGAAGAACGCUGUCUCAAACGAGACUCUGAAACCUACGAUUGCGCUGUUACAGAGGUCGCUGUGCCAGUAUGUAGACAAUGGGCACAGUGCGUGGCCCAGCUUCCCUGUGCUAUUGUAUAGACCGAGGUCCUAUUUUGCGACCAUACCUUAUCCAAAGCCAAAUACGACUCUGCACGAGUUGCGGGAUCCGCACAUGACUUUGUACAGCGUCGAGUGGACCAUCUUCAAGAUUUUGUGCAAGGCAAAUAGUCGUGUUACUGGAUACAUCACUCUCGAUUCUAUACUUUUCUACGAUGCUCUAUUACCUGCUAUCUGUCAUCAAAUUCGAGGCUGCAGAGUACUGAGAUCCACUCCUAUCACCUUUCCAUCUUACUCUGCCGACUAUGGCUCUUCGACUUGCCUAGAUUUCAUCUGUCAACCGUCCAGCAAUAACCUUCCCAAUGGCCUGCCUGGUGAAUAUGUACCGGUCCUUUUUGCCGCUCAUCAUGUGGACAC